GACCCCGCCUCCUCGAGCGCUGGCCCGCAAGAACCCUCCACUGCCCCGCCCCUGCAGCCGUAGAUUCGUCACACACCUUUUGAAAUCACAUUCGUGAGCACUUUGCAUUUUCUUUAAUUUUUCUAGCAUUUCACGACCUCCAUUUGUUUAAGCGCGAAAAGGUGGUAGCGAAGUCGUUUUUCCUCCGUCACCUAUCGAAAAAUCUAAUCCGAAAACUGCGCCUUCUUUGCUCACCGGGUCAGCUGCUGCCUUGAGGGACGCAGCAGGCGCGAGUGAGGAUCGCGGCCGACGUGGAACCCGCUUCGUGGCGACUUCCGGGUUAACGGCGGUGGCAGAACCUGAGGACGAGGAGGGGACCUGCGGAGUUUCUCGGCUGGGGAAGCGGCGCGGGAAAACGCCUCCACCAUGGGUGGCUUUUUUUCCACUAUCUUUUCCAGUUUAUUUGGUACUCGGGAAAUGAGAAUUUUAAUCUUGGGACUAGAUGGAGCAGGAAAGACAACUAUUCUCUACAGGUUACAAGUUGGAGAGGUGGUGACUACCAUUCCUACAAUUGGUUUCAAUGUUGAGACAGUAACCUACAAGAAUCUGAAGUUUCAAGUCUGGGACUUGGGAGGACAGACAAGUAUCAGGCCAUAUUGGCGAUGCUACUAUUCCAAUACAGAUGCAGUCAUCUAUGUAGUAGACAGCUGCGACAGUGACAGAAUUGGCAUUUCAAAGUCUGAACUUGUUGCCAUGUUGGAGGAAGAAGAAUUGAAGAAAGCCAUAUUAGUGGUGUUUGCAAACAAACAAGAUAUGGAACAAGCUAUGACUCCUACAGAAAUGGCAAAUGCACUUGGACUUCCUGCUCUGAAAGAUCGGAAGUGGCAGAUAUUCAAAACUUCUGCAACCAAAGGCACUGGACUUGAUGAGGCAAUGGAGUGGUUAGUGGAGACCCUGAAGAGCAGACAGUGAAAUGAGCCUGAAGAUUCCCUUCAUCAGUGCUGUGAAUUAAUGCAAUGCUGUAAAUAGGACUGACAGAAUAUUAUCUUUGAAAGAAAUGGGUUUUUUCUUGCAUUGAAAAUCACACUGAACUAAUUGAAUGUCUGUAUACUACAUUAAAAUACUUCUUUUCUUUUAUCUUGUGUAAGUUAUGUAACAUCAAUUUUUAUGACCAAUACAACUGAAGAAAGAUGAGAUUAAAUUGGAAUAAAGCUUUGUUACUUGGAAUUCUAAGUGUUUGAAACUAUUUAACACUAAUAAAUAUAUUUAACUAUCA